UGAAAAUCGGUUGACCAAUGAGUUACGUCAUCGUUUCGGUGUCCGUGCUUUGACUUCUACGGGAACGUCGACCUUCCCAACAUGGCCGCCAUGUCUCGUCAUAUGGAAAGGGUGGAGCAGCCAAGUCACCGAUAGGUGGCGGAAAUCCACCGAACGGCGUCUAAUAGGAUGAAAAUGAAACACACGAAGAAGAAGUUCCACCUGAUCCUAAAUGGCAACAUCUGCCUUCAAGCCGAUGCGCCGCUCAAUCGAAUGUUUGGACUUGCCAAGUGAACAUUUCCGUGUACGUCAUUCAAUACAGACGAGACGAAACGAAACGCCACCGUCCAUUGUGCGUCUCGUUUUCGGUGCACUUUGAAGCCUCUACACUUAGCUUAGCUUAGCUUGUUAGCAGCGAACGAAGACAGGCCGUAUUUUUUUGUAUUUUCUUUUGGGUAUUUCGUGAAAAUGUGCAAAGUGAAAAUGCUGAGAGCUUUAGUCGGCCAGCGACUGAGUGCGGCGGCGGAGGAAAUCUUCGUGUUGCUGGAAAGAACCGUGAGAGAGUACGAGGAGGAACUUUGUCGAACGCAGGACGAGAACCGGCGACGAGGUCAACUGCUGGACGCUCUUUGCAAACCUCGCGUGGACUCGCGAGCGUCAGACGGCCGUCAAGAGGAUGUUCCCGCUGGGCAGCGGGAGUGGAGCUCCGGGAUGGAGGAGCCAACCAACACGGAGGCGGCGGCUCCCCUCAUCAAACCGGAGCGAUCGCUGCGUGCGCAGCAGGCCGACAUCAGCGAGGUUGCCGUGACUGGCGUGAUUGUGAAGAGCGAGGAUGAAGAAGACGCAGGCGAGCCCGAGGAGGCGAGAGGACCCCAAGCGGAGCGCCCCGUCGCGCCGCUCUCAGACAACCGGCGCGACGACGGGGACUCUCGCGCCGGUGGCAAAGUCUUCGAGUGUUCGCUGUGCCGCAGAACUUUCGGCUACGAGGGCAACCUGAGAAGACACGAGCGAUGCCACGAGCACUUUCGAUGUUCCCAGUGUGACGAAACGUUCGGCGACGUGAAGCAUUUAACCAGACACGCGAGAAGUCACGCGGGAGAAAAUCUCUUCGGCUGCUCGGUGUGCGGCGGAAGGUUCACUCUGAAAGGCAACUUGAGGCGUCACGCCAAAACGCACAGCGGCGAGAAAACCUUCUCGUGCUCCGUUUGCGCUCAGUCCUUUUCUACCAAGUCCAACUUGAGGACGCACGCAAGAAUACACGCCGGAGAAAAACCGUUUUCUUGUUCGGUGUGUGGCAACGGUUUCGCCGUCCGCCCGGCAUUGAUUCAACACAUGAGAACGCACACCGGUGAGAAACCGUUCUCCUGCUCCUUUUGCGCCAAACGUUUCUCGCAAAGAGCUCACUUGAUUGCGCACAGACGAACGCACACGGGAGAAAAGCCUUUCUCGUGUUCCGUGUGCCACGUCCGCUUCGGCGUCAGCUCCACGCUCAUUCAACACAUGGCGACGCACACCGACGAGAAGCCCUUCCCGUGCUCCCUUUGCUCCAAAAGAUUCUCCAGAAAGAGGAGUUUGACCGCACACGUUCGGACGCACACCGGGGAGAAAUCGUUCUCCUGCUCUGUGUGCAACGAGACCUUCGGCGUCCGGUCCACGCUGGCCAGACACAUGAGAACGCACACGGGCGAGAAACCUUUUGCCUGCUCCGUUUGCGGCCGCAGGUUCUCUCAGAAGGCGCACGUCGUCCCGCACAUGAGGACGCACACGGGGGAAAAACCUUUCGCCUGCUCCGUUUGUGGCAAAACCUUCUCUCUGAAGAACACGCUGAAGAAGCACACCCGCAAACACACGGGGGAAAAACCCUUCGCCUGCUCCGUUUGCGGGGAAACCUUUGCCCUGAAAGGCACGUUAAUAAAACACACCAGGAAGCACACGGGAGAAAAACCCUUCAGUUGCGACGUAUGUGAUAAAAAACUAACAUAUAAGUAUCAAGUGAAGAAACACAAGUGUGCGGGAGAGAAAAGCGGCAGCUCUCAAACACUUUCGAGCAGCUAGCGCUCACAUUUUUUGUGCAUAGACAGUAUUACUGUAUGUGUAAACUUUUAAAAGAUGGUUAAGAGUGUAGAAGGUUUACAAGAGUAUGGUGGAGGUUAAUCGACGUGUGGGGAAGAUAAUAAGAGCGAGGAGGUUCAUACAGCUGGACAAUAUCUAUAAAUAAUCCAAAAUAUAGGUGCUCGCUCAUUCCAUAAACGAGGGACGACUGUUAUUCAAAAAGAACACAAAUGUUGAGAUUUGUUGUUUUUUUUUUUUUGCAUAAGUUCCCCACUUGAAUGUUUUAAGAUCAUCAACCAAAUGUAAAUAUCAGACCAAUCAAACCUAAGUGAACUUUGGAAUGCUGUUUUUAAAUGGUGAUUUCCUAUUAAGCAUUCAAAGUUACAGUACCUGGCCCUAUGUGAAGACGUAAUGGCCCCCUGAAGCGUUUUGUCUUUCACGUCUCUCGCCCUCGCACCAUCGCGUGACUUACCGCAACACCGGAGGGGCGAAGGUCACGCCGCUGCAUCGGAAUAUUCGAGUAUCAGGAUCAAAUUUCAAUAUUCGAGUAUCAGGAUCAAAUUUGCUUUUCGAGCAAUUACGAAUUGCUUAGAAAAGUAUCAUGAACGACCGAUUGGUUUCCUCUUUUAGAUCCUCAGCAGUAUUUGUCUUACAUUCAUAUUUUCGGAAACGGCAUUUUCUUGUCGACAAACAUUUCCAUGCGAGGCCAUUUGGAACAAAUAUAAAUAGAUUUCAGUGUGAACUUGGCAUUUCUUGGAUCAAAAAACAGAAGGCAUUCAUUUGAAAAAAAUCUCAGUCGGAACACUAGGGGGCACUUUGUAAACAUGACGUCAAAGAAGGGCGAGGAAAAGGACACGAAGAAGAAUAGUUUCCUGUCGAGUCGGCGCUAGCUGUGUGCUGAUGGAUAAAAAAUUUAUAAAAUUAAAUCCUAAUUUCUUACAAGACUAAUUGUUGAGAACGCGACAGAGACGAAAGCGGACUGUAAGUGACAGGAAGCCGUUCGCGUCGUCGCUCUCAAAGCUAGCUGCUAAUGCUAACGACAACGCGCAUAUACGUGACGUCAGCCGCGCAAUCCGCGCAGUGCAAUGUGGAUUUUGUAGUUUUGGGCGCUCGUACUUCUUUUCCAUUUGUAUUUUUGGAAUGAAACCGUGAAUUUGGGUUGCGCGUGAGGCCUCUUGGUCAAUUUCUCCGCCGGAGUGUGCCCAACAGGGCGUAUAUUGUUCAAGAUAAUAACUAUACACAGAAGUCACAAUGUUGAGAGAAACACUUCGACCUAAUAAAUUCUCAUGAAGACGUUUGACAUUGUCACGUGUCGUGUUUUUCCAGUUGUAAAACAGGAAAUUGCACAUAUCGCGAGAGAAAGAGAACGCGACGAAGUGUUGGUUUUUCGGUGCAAAGUCUUUUUGGAGUCCAAGUCGAGUUGCAAAUCUUUGAAUAUAUCGUCAAGUCGAAGAUGAUUCUGAAAUCAUUAAUAUGACAUCAAUUCAUAUAUUAUAUACAGAUGAUAUAUACGUGCUAAAUAAUGAAGUUGGGAGGCUCUGAAUGGCCCUCACGGCACACGUAGUACCGGCAAAAAGUCACAAGAUGGCAGCAAAGACGAUAUGAUGGCCCGCCCAUCAAAAUGCGCAAAAUGCGUCUCCUAGUCGGACCGGUUUCCGUCUGAGAGCAGGCUAGCGUUUGCGUGUCCUCGUCUCUUGUAAGCUGCGGCGUGAAUAUAUCUUAUACUAGCAAAGGCACAACAAAAAAAACACUCAAACUAGGUCAACAAUACCCAGUGACGUGGGGUCAGGGGAGGCAAGAGAGGCAGAGCCUCACUGCCCCCCGUUGGGUUUUCCUUUCCACUGCAUGUGAAUAGUAAAAAACAAACAAAAAAACUUAUGAU